GGUGAAAUUGUAAGUGGUCUGCAGACUAUGGAAGGUGUGCAGGAAAACUAUGGAAGUGUAAAUAAAGGUCAAUUAAGAGCAGUGGGCAUUCAGUCAACUGCGGAUGAAAGACAAACGGGCUCUCUGACUGAACGCAAGAAACUAAAAGCAUAUAUACCUCCUAAAAAUACAUGUAUUUUUGAUGGUCGUUUGAUCAAACUUGUACAAGCAGACAUUGAUGACUUGAGUAAGAACAACACCAUUCCUAUUGGGCAAGGUUCAUUUGGAAAAGUUUUUAAAAGUGAGAAUCCUUCGGAGGGUUUUGGAAUGCAUAUCGUUGUUAAAAAGAUACCUUUAAUAGGAGAAGGACAAAACCAAUCAAUAACUAGAGAAAUGAUGGCAUCCAGAAUAAUGCAUCCUUUUAUUCUUCCAUUGUUGGCUGUUGUUGAUCGUCCAGAAGGGAAACCAGAAGUAUGGUUUGUUUCUCCACAAGGCAACAAAGGGGACCUUCAUGGUGUCAUUCAACGCAGCAGUGAAGAUCUCAACAUGAAGAAAAGAACAAAAAUUUUACUUCAUAUAGCAUUAGCAAUCCAGUACAUUCAUACCAAAGUAUCAAAAGUCAGGGAAGCUGUUCUACAUAAAGAUAUAGCAUCUAGGAAUAUUGUACUAGAUGACAAUUAUAAUGCUAGACUUAUUGACUUUGGACUGGCAAGGGAAACAAGCGAUAAAACAUCCAAGGCUAGUGGAAGAGACUGUUAUGCUCAUCCUGAAAUUGGAAAAGGGUUCCAUGCCAAAGAGGCAUGGGAUUAUUUUGCCUUUGGAGUCAUCAUGAGAGAAUUAUUGACCAGUCUAGGACCUGAUGGUGUUAGUAACAGAUAUUUGAAAUAUAUGACAGAAGAUGAAAUUCGAAAAUAUGCUUAUGUAAAGAUAUGGAAGCCAAAUCCAAGUGAAGAAGUUGAAAAGUUGGUUCAAAUUUCAAGCAGUCUUUUACAACAAAAUAAUUGGACAGUUUCAGAUUUCAAAGAAAAUGUUGUAGAAGAGUUACAAGACAUCUGGACAUACUUUGGUGAAACAGAGAUCCUACAACUUUCAAAUGAUAGGUGUCAUGUAUGCAUGAUUAACCCUAUAGCACAAGAAACAUCUAUGAAACAACAACAUUCCUGUAAUUGUACACAACAUAUCAAAGCAUGCAUAGCAUGUGAAAAGAACAGUUUUCUAAAUCCAAUAACAUGUUACUGUGGUACAGAAUUGACACCUGUGAUAGGAAGUAGAUGGGGUGCUUUGCUUGUCGCAGGAACAGAUACAGAAAAGAAAGAAAAUACUAAAGUAAUGGCCGGGGACAUAAAAGAGAUAGAGAAGCUGAUAACAUCGAAAGCUCCACGAAUAAUUGGAAUCAGUAAAGAGGAUAUUCGCACUGUAGCACCUGAUGUAACCAACAAUGCCAGCAUAAAAAGAAAAACAUGUAGGGAAAUGGAAGAAGAAAACCUUGGUGACAAUGUCGAAUCCAAAAGACAACCAGAUAGAGAAACAGGAGAGAAUCUUUGGCCUAAAGUCAAAGCUCACAUUGAAUAUUUCAGCAAGAGAAGGGACCUUGACACAUUGUUUAUUUAUUUUUCAUGUCAUGGUGGAAACACUGAAAAUAGUUUUCAUCUUGGGUCAGAAACAGAUAGUGUUUCAUUGCUUGAUUUUCAGAAUGAGUUAGCCCGAUUGGAAAAUAUUGAAAAACUGGUUUUAGUUUUGGAUCAAUGCUUUCCACCAAAAGUACAGUUUAAGAACAGUGAGAGGAAAUUUAUACAGAUAAAUGCAUGCGAAACUAGUGCGAGGGCAUCUAUGACAAAUAUUAGUACCUUUACGAAAUGGUUUAUUACAGGAUUGAAAGCAAGGGCAGAAAAAUCAGCAUGUCCCGACAACUGUAGGCCUUGCCGGGAAUACUGGCAAAUGACCACAGAUUUUAUAACAUAUUCAAAUUUACAUAAGUAUCUGUCUGAUCAUUUAAAGGAGGCCAAUGAAAAAUGUCCCCAAAUAUAUAUCAACCGUAUCGAUAUAAACAGCAACUUUGCAUUUCACACAGACGAAGAAGUACUUAUUGAUUUUACAGAUGGCAAAAACGAUUUACGGCUCCCUAUUGGCUAUUUACAGGACAUUACGAACUUGAAAGAACAGUUGGUUAAAGCUUUUGGCAAAAACGUAGAAGUAGACACUGUGCACAUUGAAAAACAGACAUACAGAAAGGAUAAAGAAUUUGAAAAGUGCGACACCCUUGAAAAAGUGAUGCAAGCUUGGGUUCUUAGGCAAAAAUUGAGAGUAACAUUCAAAACUGAAUAAUUUAAAAUAUAUCUCUUGACACUAUAUGUAUAACCAUAAAAUGUAGAAUUGUAUGUUCUUACACACUGUCUCCAAUCAUAUGUAAUAUAUAAAACGUCAUCUUCUAGACAUAUUUACAUAUAGAGACGAUCUAACAUAUACAUACCUAUACUUUUGAAAUUAGUGGACAUAAUCCGAUGCCUCUAUCUAGUUUAUGGAAUGAAUCGUAAUUUGUUAAUUUGAUUAUCAACCUGUGUAAAGAGAAGCGCACUGUAUGAGAAACACGGCUUAGUUCAAGAUAUGCUAGCUCUGUAGCUCAUCUGUGAGUAUUUUUUUAUACCCCCACAAACGAAGUUUAGGGGGGGUAUAUAGGAGUCAGCUUGUCGGUUGGUCGGUCGGUCCGUCGGUCGGUCCACAUCAUGGUUUCCAGACGAUAACUAGAGUUUGGAGUGAGGUAUUGUAAUCAAACUUGGUAUAUAGCAACCUUAUGUGGAAACCCCGGUUGGUAUUGCAUUUGGACCCCCUGGGGCCAAGGUCAAGGUCACCGUUACUAAAAAUAGAAAAAUUGUUUCCGGACAAUAACUAAAGUUAGGAAUGAGAUAUUGUAAUCAAACUUGGUAUAUAGCAAGCUGAUAUGAAGACCCCGGUUGGUAUUGCAUCUGGACCCCCUGGGGCCAAGGUCAAGGUCACCGUUACUAAAAAUAGAAAAAUGGUUUCCGGACAAUAACUAAAGUUAGGAAUGAGAUAUUGUAAUCAAACUUGGUAUAUAGAAAGCUGAUAUGAAGACCCCGGUUGGUAUUGCAUCUUGACCCCCUUGGGCCAAGGUCAAGGUCACCGUUACUAAAAAUAGAAAAAUGGUUUCCGGACAAUAACUAAAGUUAGGAAUGAGAUAUUGUAAUCAAACUUGGUAUAUAGAAAGCUUAUAUGAAGACCCCGGUUGGUAUUGCAUCUGGACCCCCUGGGGCCAAGGUCAAGGUCACCGUUACUAAAAAUAGAAAAAUGGUUUCCGGACAAUAACUAAAGUUAGGAAUGAAA